AUGCUGAUGAAAGUUGAGCCUGAUGGUGGCAAGUACUCUACGAUCGAACACCUUCCACUUAUCGUCGUUCAUCUUCUCAGGUUUUCCCGCCUCUCCUUGGAGGGGUAUGAAGAGAUCCUUCUGGUAGAAAUAAUUUUCUAUUUGCAUCUUUCAAUACCUGAAAUUUUGGUCGCCGAACUUCUUAAUUCGAAGCCUAUUGUGUUCAACUGUAUUAAGAAUGUAAAUGUUCACAUUCAGGAAGUUGAUCUAGUGAAAUCUACUGCAGACGAGGAAGGACUGAAAAACACUAGAAUUCAAAGGCGUGUAUAUGAAUUGUUUGCUAAAGCAGCUACUUCUGCUCCUCAUCCAGCAGUUGACCAACGGGAACUUCAUUUUGUUUUCUUCAGAAAGCCAGAAAGUUUUUUGUCUUCAGAUGGCUGUAAUGUUAGCGGCGUGCGCCUUGAGAAAACAUGUUUGAAAGAAAAUGGUGGUUCUGGCAGACAGGUGGCAGUCGGAACUGGGGAAUUUGAGAAUCUUAAUUGUGGGCUUGUUUUGAAAAGCAUUGGUUACAAAUCAUUACCAGUCAAUGGCCUGCCAUUUGACAGUCAAAGAGGUAUUGUUCCUAAUGUGAAGGGCAGAGUUGUUAGCAGCAAUCAGACAGAGCAUGAGAAAGUGGAGCAUGGUCUUUAUGUUGUAGGAUGGCUAAAAAGGGGCCCCACUGGGAUCAUCGGUACAAAUCUCUAUUGUGCCGCGGAAACAGUCAUGAGCAUAUUGGAAGAUGUGCACAAGGGAGAAUAUGUGCAAUCAUCUAAACCUGGAAGAGAAGGGCUUCUCCAUUUAUUAGAAGACAAAAAUCUCAGAUUCGUGCCUUUUGGUGGUUGGGAAAAGAUAGAUUGUAAACAGAAGAUGAAAGGUCAGCUUCAAAAUAGACCAAGAGACAAAAUCACAUCGUGGGAAGAACUGCUCAAGGCUGCAAAUGAAUGACGAAAAUAUUCUGGAUUCGGUAUGGAUCGUGCCUUCUUAGCAUCAGAU